CGUUCUUUCACCUCUUGAGUUGAAGUUCUUCGUUCCGAUACACUCACCAGUUGAAGCAUGGAUUUCGCAACCUUUUUAUCUCAAAUAAACGAUGCUUUAAUCUCUGAAAAUGGGCCAAAUCUGGCGUAUCUCCUGCGGCCAACAAGUCCACAUGGAAAGUCACUAGUGAAGGAAUUUCGCUCGAACGCAACUCAAGGAAGUCUGGAAUCCGCGUACAAGGGUGCUAUACGUAGCCCUUGGGAUGACAUCGCGAUAAAAUAUGUCUUGACUUGCACCUGUGUUGCAAAGCGAAGAUCUCAAGAAGCAUACAAAGAACAUUCGGCGUUGGUGCUCUUAUUUUUGCGAUUCUUCACGGAGAACCGAGGAUGGACACUUCCUGCUCUUUUCUCGAUCCUCCGGGACUUGCGGGAUCUUGCAUUUGAUGCAGACUUUCAUGCAAAGUAUAAUGGAGAGAAGAGCGAGUGCAUGGAAGAUGCAGCAAGGAAGAUAGCGAGUGCGUUUGGGAACUGUAUUACCGAUAGACAAUCACCUCCAGAGCAAUCAAGAAAAUGGGGCGUAUACUAUGUGGUCGCGCUGGUUUUAAAAUGUUAUUUCAGACUGAAACGGAUUUCCCUCUCAAAAAACAUUUUGCGAGCUCUCGAAGCCAAUCGCGACAUCCCUGCGUUGUCUCAAUAUCCACGUUCACAUCAAGUCACGUUCAGAUACUACCUUGGAAUGCUACACUUUCUCAACGAAGAUCAUGCCAAGGCAGAAGAAGAGUUGACACUCGCAUUCUAUCACUGUCACACCGGUGCUCAUGCGAAUCAAGAGCGGAUUCUGGCAUACCUGCUACCUUUACGAUUGCUCAAAGGCCAUUUACCCUCAGAUGAAUUGAUGAAACGUUUCCCGGUACUCUCAGAAAUGUAUACCCCAUUUGUCACUGCUAUUCGUCUUGGGGAUAUUGCUGCGUUUGAUCGCGCACUGGAAGAAUGGGAGUCUAAGCUGGUAGAUCUCAGCUUGAUGCUUACUGUAGAAAGAGCUCGUGAACUAUGUUUGAGGGGGCUGUUCCGUCGAGUGUGGGUGGCAUCAGACAAGAAUUCUCGCAUCCCAGUAUCCGUGUUUCACUGCUCUUUGCGGAUAUCCGGCAUGGACGUGGACCAGGAAGAGGCGGAAUGUUUGGUGGCCAAUAUGAUAUACAAAGGCUUCAUGAGAGGUUAUAUCAGUCACGAGAAGCAGAUGGUCGUUCUUGCCAUGACCAAUCCAUUUCCAAAACUGGUUGAUAGGCCGUCUCCGUUUGCAUACUUAUGAGAAUAUCUAGCUUUCUGCUGCAACAGUCUGCAAGAUCAUCUCUGCCGCUUUCUCUGCUACCCCAUAUAAGCCCAAUGUCGUAUGUGGGAACACGCUCAACGGAAUGAUGGAUGCAUCUGCUAUUCGAAGAUUUAUUGUUCCUAUAGAAUGAUGAGCAACAUGAGCACAAAAGAUACGAGGGCGAAGGGGUGUACCAUAAACAAGAAGCUCAGGGGAAACGACACCGCCGAGCUCUUUCGGCAUCAUCGAGUUGCUUCCAAUUGGAUGCGUGCCAGGAGUGUAUCUGAUAGAAGUAGCAGAGCAUCAACAUGUGAGUCGAAGCCUCCUUCACGCGACUCACGU